UACGAUCGUCAUGCGUGUUUAUAUUUCCUUCGUACGCGAUUCGGCGUGUGCGUUUACCGUCGUUAAGACGAUGAAAACUGUUUGAAAACGGUUGUUGAUGUCUCUCUCUAUCGAAACACCCGUCGUAAAAUCGUAACGACAAUUCCGAUCGGGAUGAUUAUCAUCACUUGGUGCCUGUCGAAGAUGCGCAGUGCCUACGCUGCGGGCAAACGGGCGGUGACUUCGGCGCUGUCGUGUUGCUCGGGCAGCGCUGGACAAGUCGACGGAACGUACGGCUCCAACAACGUGCCCGUGAACGUGAUGCGUAUUUCGAUCCGCGGGGAACAAAUAGGGCCGACGCGGAUGCAAUCGGUCCAACGACGCCGACCGGACGUGCCGAUGGUCAAGGGACAGACGGCGGACCCGGAAAGAGCGGCGGCCGUGAUGAAGGCGUGCAAGGAGCUCCGGGUGCCGGUAGGCGACGACGUGUCCUGGAACGACGCGGGCAGCCAAAAUAAGUCGUCGGCGCAGGGGACCGCCGCGGUCACCGACGAACGGACGCCUGACCGAGACAAUUGACGACGACCGAAUGUCUGAACGAUGAUAAUAUAAAAACGAAAUUCCGUUCGUCUUGUAUGAUUAUCUUGAUGGACUGAUCAAAAUUAAACACUUUAAUCCUGUUUCGUUGCGUUGGAAAACAGUUCGAUUCGAUGUUCAAAAACAAAAAAUAUUAAUUAAUAUUGUGAUGAUUUCAUCACGGUUUCAUCUUCCUUAGAAAUCGUUUCCGUAGAUAUCCUUCGAACGGUAUUGUGAAACGCUUGCCCCCGGGGACGCGGAGAUAUGUCGACCGGUUUCGUAAUAAUUUAUUAUUAUUAUUAAUAUUACUGUUAUUGUUCGCCUCGGUGCAGGACAACAGUUUUCGCACGGGUCGGAGUCAUUGUCAGUAGUCAGAUUCGUUAUGAUUCCACCGAAGUCGCGAAUUAAUUGUACCAUUAUCCCAUUGUUAUUUAUGAAAAAAAAAAACCGUGUGUGUAGGUGUUCGAUCCUCUCGCGCGCGGAACGUGCACCGAACGUACGGCAAUUAUGUCCAAAAUACAUUUCAGCCGUCGGGUGACAGUAAUGAUAAAAAAAAAAAAAAAACCUAUGGUUCAUUAAUUUUAGCGCGCGUGCGUUUUCCACUCGACUGAGGACGACUAAAGGCGGUACUACACGAUGCGCCCAAUACCUUCAAACGUUGGUCAAUCCGUGUGUCGAGUGACAAAUGUUAGUGCCCGACGUUGGAACGAUUCCCGCUGAAAGUCGGUAUUUUUGACCCAUGUCGAAGGAGUCAAACCAACGUUGAAAACAAGUCGCAACUAGCAUUCGGUAUACGCCAUGUGACAUGUGUAUAGUCCUGUAUCCAGUCUUUAAUUGGAGUCGUGACCACGUGAAGUACUUUGAAGUUUUUUUUUUUUUUUUAGUAUUUACUAGUCUUUGGUUUUUUUUUUUUUUACUUUUACUCAGUAACAGGUAAGUAUUAUUUUGUUUGAUUUAAAUACUAUGUGAUUGAUAUCAAUAAAUUGUGUAAUGUGAAUGCGCAUAAGUUAUCGGGACUUAAAAAAUGUCGAUUUCAAUCGUAUACCAAUAUUUCAAAUACAAUGUUACGACUAAUAGCCUCCGUUGUUAUGCGAAAAUGUGUUUCACGAUAUCUACAAGAUAGUAAAAUUAUAGUGGCAGCAGCUGCGAUCAUCUCGUCCGUUUUCUUUUUCUACCACUUUUUUAAGUUAAACUAACUUUUCGAGUGUGCAUAAAUUCACACACACACAUAUAUACACUGGAAAGAAGUAUGCAACUAACAUUCAAACUUGACACUGGAUGCAACUUUGGCUACAACGUGUAGCUGGAUCCGCGGGGCAAACAUUGGUUUCAAUGUUCAGCCAACGUUUUCAUUGUGGGAAUCAACUUUUGUUCGGGACAUCGUGUAGCACCAUCUUAAGACUUCCGGUGUUGGUAAGUUGAUUCCCAAGAUUUUAUUUAAUAAAAAUUUAGCUGACUCCCGCAUUCGUUUGGAGGACGUAUUAAUUGAUUCCCGGGUUAAUUUAAUGCAGGUAUGAAUUGAUUCCCAAGCAUGAACGAAAAUUUCGCUUGUUAGUUUUCGGACUCGGAGCCACCAACAACCGUCCGUUUUAUGUGCAGGACCGAGUCAAAGUUACUUCUAACGAGAAAUGAACGCGUUUCGCCGCGAAUCCGAUAAUCGCGCACAUACAAGCCUUGAGCCCAGUGACGGAUCUUGGGGAGAGAGGUUCAGGGGGUCAGCUGACCCACAAUUAAUAUUUGUUGACAAA